UGUAGCGCGUUUUGUGCAUUAAAAUGCAAUCCGUUUUAGGCGUAAUAAAUGAGGAAAACAAGAUUUAAACGAAUGAGAAAGGAGUGAAGUGAUAUAAAGGAAUAAUGUGAUGCUUUGAAUCAAAAUUAAACUGAUCAAAUUAGAGCAGAAAGAACCCAAAACUGAUCUAUCUAUCUGUCUGUCUUCAUUCGUUCAUUCAUCUGUCCAUCUACAACGGUGUUAAGAGCUAGUGAUUGAAGUAGAGGGAGUUACGCGAGCGGAAAACCCCAUUAAAAGGAGUGACUUGAUGCAUGCUCCAUAAUCCAGCAUCUGAGGCAUUGUAGUGAAUGAUCAUGGCAGAGUGGAACGCCUUUUACCGGAAUGAGGAGGAGGAGGAAGGACAGGAGGAGGUAGAGGAGACUGCAGGAGAUUACAAGGUUAUGGGGAGAGAUAGCCUGGUCUUCUUGGUUGAUGCUUCUAAGGAGAUGUUCAUCAAAGGAGAGGAUGAAGGACCUUCUAACUUUGACAUGACCAUGCAGUGCGUGCACAAUGUGUACGGCAGUAAGAUCAUCAGCAGUCACAAGGACCUGGUGGCUCUGGUGUUUUAUGGCACAGAGAAGAGCCAGAAUCCCAGAAAUGCCUUCAAACAUGUCUACGUGUACCACGACCUCAAGGAACCCGGUGCAAAGAGGGUUCAGGAUGUGGACGCCUUGCGUGGGGUUAAAGGCGCUCAGUUGGCGGCAGACGUCAUGGGCAAUGGGGAGACGUCGCUGGGCGAGGCCCUGUGGUGCUGCGCCAACCUCUACAGUGACGUCAAUCUGCGGCUUUCACACAAGCGUCUGAUGAUCUUCACCUGCAGGGACGAGCCACACGGGGGCGACAUGGCCAAGAACCAGCUGGCACGCACCAAGGCCGGAGAUCUGAAAGAGACUGGCGUCGUCAUAGAUUUGAUGCACAUGAAGAAACCCGGUGGCUUCGACGUCUCGCUCUUCUUCUGUGACAUUAUCAGUCCUCCGGAGGAUGAGAGUGAGCUGGGCCUGCAGCUGGAGCCCUGUGCCAAACUGGAGGACCUCCAGAAGAGGGUCCGUGCCAAAGAGCAGAAGAAGAGAGUCUUGGCCAGGUUGAGUCUAUGUUUGGGCGAGGGGAUGAAAGUGGCGGUGGGAGUGUACGCAACCUGCAUGAUGGCCAAGAGACCAGCCCCCAUCCGACUGUACAGAGGGACCAAUGAGCCGGUCCACAGCAAGACCCGCACCUUCCACACGCAGACUGGCAGCUUGCUGCUGCCCAGCGAGGUCAAGAAAGCCCAGGUGUACGGACAGAAACAGAUUGUGAUGGAGAAGGAUGAGGUGGAUGCCAUAAAUAAGUUUGAUGAACCCGGAUUCGUUGUGAUGGGGUUCAAACCCCUUGAUAAACUCAAACUGCACCACCACUUACGGCCCGCAGUCUUUCUGUAUCCGGAGGAAGACCAGGUCACAGGCAGCGCGUGUAUGUUUGCUGCCCUGUUGAAGAGGUGUAGCGAGAGGAGCGUCUUCGCCAUGUGUCGGUACAUCCGCCACAGAAACACCCCACCUCGAUUCGUGGCCCUGGUGCCCCAGAGGGAGGAGGUGGACCCGGGGCAGUUCCAGGUCACUCCACCAGGUUUCAAUGUCAUCUAUCUGCCCUACGCUGACGAUAUCCGGCCGCUGGAUGUCACGCAGGGUCCCACAGCCUCAAACGUACAAGUACACAAAAUGAAGGAGAUUGUCUCCAAGCUCAGGUUCAAAUACAGGAUUGAUGCUUUUGAAAACCCAGCCCUGCAGCAGUACUACAGGAACCUGGAAGCGUUGGCUCUGGACAUGGUUGCCCCUGAAAGCAUAGAGGACUUCAUAAUGCCUAAGGUGCAGAAGAUGGAUGAGCGUCUGGGCCCGCUGGCGCAGGAGUUUAAGGACCUGGUCUACCCAGCGAACUACAACCCAGACAGCAAAGCGGCAGCCAAGCGCAAAACGGGUGACGCUGAUGGCAACGCCGAGAAGAAACCCAAGGUGGAGAUUUCGGAAGACGAGCUGAGAACGCACUUGCAGAACGGCACCCUGGGAAAACUGACGGUGCCCAUACUGAAGGAGGCCUGUAAGCAGUUUGGGGUUCGGACCACCGGCACCAAAAAGCAGGAACUGAUCGAUGCAUUGGUCGCCAAGCUGGCCUGAAGAUAUGCAAAGAUAUCAGCCCUCAUAAAACCCUGGUUCCAUCCAAGCCUCGUGUGGGAAUUACACCGUGCGGAGGCACAUUCCUUCUAAAUGCCCAUUAUGUGUGCAAGGUCGGGUAGAAGUCUACAAGUAGGGGUAAAAGUUCGUCUCUGGUCAGGUGUGAUGUUAUGAAUAAUGGCGUAGCUUUAAGACUACAUUUCUCUCUGCUGGAUGCUGGUCUUUCCAGCCGUACUCCACCUGUAUCCCGGCUGAUGGAAACGCACUAAGUUAGUAAAUCUUCUUCUCAUUUUUCCAGCCUCGCUAACAUUUCCGUGAAAGUCCCUGGGGCGACAUGUUUUUCGAUCAUUGGCAUUGAGCGAAGACUCGAAACUGGAGCAGAAAAUCGGUGACAAACCCCCCAGUUUGUCUGCAGUUCAGACUAGUGCUGCACCGCUAACUAGUGAGAGGUAUUCUGGGGAAAGUGUCGGCCUUCUGUAUGAGGUUAGUCGUCUGGUAAAGUCGAGGCUGGUGAAUUAUCAGAUUUACCAGCCGCAGACAGCCUAUAUCCUGUCCAUCCCAGUGGAUGCCUGCUUGUUGAUUUGUA